CCCCGCGGGAAAUAAUUAGAUGCGCGCGUGAGGUAAUCGGAUGAGUUGCGCGAUGGAGUAUCAACAAUUGGCGCCGCCACCGGUAUCAGCUGGAGUGCUGCACGCCCAGGCGCACCAUCCUCCCCAAUCUCAGCAUCAGCAGCAGCCGGUGCAGCCGCCGCAGCCGCAUCCGCACAUCGUGGUAGCGCCGGCUCAUCAACAGCAGUCGCAGCAACCGCCGCCGCCACCCCUGCCGCCGGCCUCGCACGGCCAUCAGGUGCAUCCGCCGCUACCGCCCAUCCACGACGACAGCACUAGUUCCAGGUGGUCCCAGUACCAGCACUUGUGGAGGCAGCAUCAUGUUUACAUGAACGGGAAACAGGGUAAAGAUGGACCAGAGGAAAAGAAGGAUGCAGAUGGCGAACUUUGGGGCAACGUGGAAGCGCAGGCCGCCUUCCUCGGGCCUACUCUAUGGGACAAAAGUUUGCCCUACGAUGCCGACCUGAAGGUAUUAAAUCAUUACGUCGAUCUCGACGAGUUUCUUUCCGAAAACGGCAUCCCCGUCGAUGGCGUGGCUGGUGGUGGACAGGGUGCCAUGCAGGGUAGCCAGCUACAUAAAAUCAACAAUAUCGAGGCCGCCGGACAUCAGGGACCAGCGGGCCUGCAUUUGGAACCAGUCACUAAACGCGAAAGAUCACCAUCGCCCAGCGAAUGCUGCUCGCCAGACACCCUGAAUCCACCCUCCCCCGCGGAUUCCAAUUCCGAGGACUCGUCACGAAUACAAUAUGGCUUGUCUCUUGUAGCGCUCUCGAUGGCCUCAUCGGGGCGAGACUUCGAUCCACGUACCCGGGCCUUCUCCGACGAGGAGCUCAAACCCCAACCUAUGAUCAAGAAAUCGCGAAAACAGUUCGUUCCGGAUGACUUGAAGGAUGACAAAUACUGGGCGCGUCGUAGGAAGAAUAACAUGGCAGCGAAACGAUCGCGAGACGCGCGUCGCAUGAAGGAGAACCAGAUAGCACUCAGGGCCGGCUUCCUCGAGAAAGAGAACAUGGGUCUGCGACAGGAGUUGGACCGGUUAAAAAACGAGAACAUGUUGCUGCGCGACAAACUGAGCAAGUACACGGACGUCUAACAUCCCGUCCUCUAUCAUGCAUAGCCCGAGCGAUAUACGAAGAAGAAGAGAGACACAUAAAGAGAGAGAGAGAGAGAGAGAGAGAGAAACAGGGAAGAAAGGGAGAAAGAAGAAUACGAGGGUGCAUAACGCCAGCUGCAGCCCCUUUACUCGCAGCACAUAACAGUCUUCGCGUCUUUGCGGAGAAGCCAAGAGGAUGCAAAGCACAUUGACGAACAUUACCAACUCUCGGAUCCGACUGCCGCCGUCCUACAGAGCCGACAACUUGCGGAGAAAUAUCUUCGAAGACCUCUAUUCUCUAUCUUUCUCUCUCUCUUUCUCUUUUUUUACUAUCGCGAAUAAAAUUUUUAUCGAGUCCUCGCUCCUUGUCCCGCUCUAGAGAAAAAAAAACUCCUUCUCUUGUAAAUAGUUAUAUGUAUAGUUAGAUUAUACACACAUAUACACAUACAUAUACAUACAAACACACAUACAUACAUUUGCGUGCGCGCGUUAUAUAUGAAUAUAUAUAUAUAUAUAUAUAUAUAUAUAUAUAUAUAUAUAAAAAGAAAAGAUUAUAUAUAUAUACACACACACACAUACAUACACGAGAAUCUGAGAAAGGAGAUCAUAAUGUCAUACGUACAUAAAUUCGCGCAUGCAGCGCUCGACGAGAUACGCCGAUUUCGUGACAUCUCAGUCUUCUAAAUUUACACCGUGCCGUAAUUUGGAGGGAAUUAGAUUGUAGCGAGAAUCAGCUGUCCAUAAGGCACAAGAUUCGACCUCUAAUUCGGCGAAGAAAGGGCGAAUCUCGUCGACGUUGAGCACUGCCACAAAUAAAGGAGCUACAUCGUUGUUCGAUUAAAUCGACAUGGAGCGGGCGAAGAACACGACGCUUUUCUGCGCACGGGUUAAUUAUCCUGGUUCUUCGAGAAUGCGUUAAUUACUGUAGCGUAUCCCACGUGGUGAUGGUACAAGUGAUUCUAGUUGUUUUAAUCGUAAGAUAGAUGAUAUAUACGUGUUUUGUUUUUUUCCAACGCUUCUCUUUCCUCUCUUUCUCUCUCUCUCUCUCUCUCUCUCUCUCUCUCAUUCAAUAUCACUAUCUAUCUAUCUAUCUAUCUCUAUUUUAAUGUAUAGCGAAUCAAUCCGGCCACGCGAGGAGUGCGCGAAAGGCGUCGCGACGCGACUCCAUUCUUUUCUUCUUUCGUAAUAUUGCCCGUAAUAUCGGCGGCUCGGGAUACGAACAAUGAACCGAGAGAUAUCCCGAGAUGUCCUUCUGCCGCGUAGCGAACAAAUUUUGUACAGGAUGCCCUCUUUUGUAAAAUAUAUUUUAAGAUGCAUCGAGUCAUCCUGACAAGAGCGACGGUUACGCGCUUGUGUCUUUUAGGCGGGAUUUAUCAACGCGGGGCUGGAGACGAAUGGAAUGAAACUGUACCGUGUCCGAUGAUCGAAUCGCGUAGCCUCUAACAUAGAUGAGUGCGUGCAUCGUCGAUGUUAAUCGUAGGCGUCGUAAGUAAAAAGAAAAAAAAAAUGUUACACGAGAAUACGAACCAUCGUGCUUAAACAAUACGCUAGUUGCACAGGCUCGCGUGUGCACUGGCCCCUUUUUUCCUUCCCGCCCCUCUUCUCUUUUUAAGUUUUUAGAUGUUUAUUUUUUCAUCACCGUGAGAGCUCGGUGAUCGAGAGAGCAAAAGCGAAACCGAGACAUGCGCUUUUUCUUUAUGAAAUAACUAUAUAACGAGAAUCUAUAUUGUACAGAUGAACGCGAGUUCGAGAACAAUAUCUGAGCUAGUUCUGCUCGUUGCAAAAUUUAACGAUAAUAAAAUCGAAUCGUAUGUACCGCGCAUUUCGAACAUUUCCAGCAGCGUGGAUCCGGGACACCUAAAAUAACGUGCGGAAUUUGUAAUCCAAUCGCUAGAAUUAAUUUGGAAAAUUAUACAAACGGCGAGAUGACACUUUCAGUUUCGUUUGACGUUUGGGCAUACCGGCGAUACGUAAUGGCCUUGUUUUCCUCUCGACCGUACGAUGCACAAACGCGAAACGCGAACGUUUUGUACAUAUAUCCUUUUAUCGGCCAGGAGGGGUAAAACAGAUCGUGUUAUGAGAUUUCAAUUUAAGUUCGCGUUUGAUCGACGGCAAACCCGUUUUAGAUAUUGCAGGACGAUUUCGCGCGCAAAAACAGAUUUUAUAUUCUCGUUAUCCUCGUAUUUUAGAGCGUAUUAUUGAUAUUCAUUUAUCAUGCAUAUUUUUAUUAUAUACAUUCGUUAUAUACGUAUAAAAUUGUAUACGUAAUUUUAUCGGAGUGUAGAAUUUAUAUUUUGUAGAUAUAUAUAUGUAUAUGUAAUAGAUCAUUGUACGUUCAUUGCGCGAACGCAUUGAUCUCAUUGUUGAUUGAUGAUUUAUCGUCAUUAAAAUGAUUUGCCGAAAGUCGCGCGCGAAAUCGUUUGAUCACAAUUCUCCACGAUUGCCUUGCACAUUUUGACAGCGAAUUACUGCGCAUAUGACAGAUGAAUUCGACAAGCGAUGAAUUAUUGAAUCGAUAUUUUGCGUCGGCAGAUUUAGCGAAUGUCUUCACCGAUCUAGGAUCGUAUUAUAAUUUCGGUAGCGGCACAAAAUUUUACUUUCCAGAAAUGUUAUAUCGUAAAUUAGCGUUAUCUGAUAAAAUAAUCAUUGCAUGGCUUUUCAUUCCGACGCAAUGAGUUGAAGAGAAGAAAAUAGUACGAUAUUCCGGCGUGAAAGCGUAAUAGCGAGAUUGAAAUUUCGCGUUUGAUUGCAUACGAAAUUUCUCACAUCAUUCUUAUAAAGAAUAUAACGUAGAAUGCAGGGAAGUUUUUCAUUAUUUGCGAUAUCUACUUGAAGAUUAACGCGAGCCAAUAUCAAGUUCAUGCGAUAUGUGUUCUGCUUUUCACGCACGCUCGUCAUCAUUAAAGGCAAUACAAAAUUUUGCAAAAGAAAAAAACAAUUUUUUUUCGUACGUACAACGUUUAUACAUAUAACAUGGUUUUAAAAUAUUUAAAAUAAUUUAUUUUAUCACGGGUAGGAGACAAGAUUUGUAAUAAAAUCAAAAAUCUAUUAUAUCGUUGAUGUAUAAAUGAAACUUAUUAUUAACUCAUUUUCCAAUCACGCCGUCCCGGUGCCAUUAAUGAUGCUGAAUGUGCGGUAUGAUGUGGAUCUCGGCACAAGUUACUGGCCUAUAAAAAGCGCAUUAGCAUGAUUGACAUACACUGCAAUCCGACGAUAGUAAUAAUAAAUAAAAUAGUAGAGAGUUAUAUAGCAAGCGCGACAGACGCGGCCGCCGGCUUUGCUCCAAAUAGAAUGAUAAGAAAAUGAGAUAGAGGACACUGCCGCGUCUUCGAUAUAAAUAAUCGUCCGAUCCACUUAAACAAAAUAUGGAAAAAAAAAACAUGAGAAGAAUUAGAUAUGACCACCAACACAACCUAUUGUAUCACAUUUCGAGAAAUAUAUGUAUUUGUUAUUGUUUUAA